AUGAGGCGAGCGGGACCGGAUGAUGCAGUGGCAGGAGGGGCGAGGAUGAGACGAGCCACCACUCCCGCGAUGGCGGCGGCCGCGGUUCCCGAGCAGCAGCGCAGCCACGCCGGCGCCGCUAUCGAUCUCGCCGGCGGCGGUGGCCACCGUUGGCGGGGACUGGCCACGACCCCGGCGGCAGCCGCCGAAGGGGUGGCAGAAGAGCUUGCCGGCGACACCGCUAUUGUUGCUAGUAGCGGUGGCACGGGUAGUAGUAGCGUGCGCGGCGACGGUGCGCUAGCGACGUCUCGUGACUCGAGCGGUGGCGAUGCUAGCGGUAGCCCGCCACCGCAAGGGGGCCCGGAAGAUGAUAGCCCAUCGGGAUCGGGGGUAGCAGCAGAAGCCGCGCCCAGGGGACGGCGUCCGCGGCAGCAGCGGCGGCGGAAGCAGCGGCAGACGCAGCCGCCGUACGGCGACGGCGGCAAGAGCGCUGGAGACGAAGGACACGGUGACGGUGUCGUCGGCAUCAGCAGCGGUGGUGAUGGCGCAGUAGCUGCAGAAGCGACUGCCGCCGCCGGCGGCCCGAGUUUGAGUUUCGCGGAAGAGUGCCGCAGGGCGCUGAGAAGGCACGCCAAGCGUGGGGAGGGGGAAAAGGCCGUCGCGCUGAUCGCUCGGAUGCGGGAGGCAGGGUUGACGCCGACGGAAAGGAGCUACACCUCCGCCAUCAACGCCUGCCGGAACGGCACGAGCCAGUGGAAGGAGGCCUUGGAGCUGCUCAAGGAAGCCCAGACUGCGGGGGGCGGCGGGAUCACCCCCAACGCGUUUCACUACACUGGUGUCCUGAGAGCCUGCGCGGACGCCGGUCAGUUGGACCAGAUCCCUCCUCUCAAGUCAGAAAUGGCAAGCCUGGGCAUCGCUCCCGGCCUCUCCUACUACCACGGGGCAAUGGCGGCGGCGAAGGGCGCCGAAAACCCCACCCAGGGGUGGGAGACCAUGAAGGAGCUGGUGUCGGAGAUGUCGGAGAAGCGAGUGGUCCCGAAUCAGAACACUUACAGGCUUGUCGAUGAGGUGCGAUCUGGCCUCGGUAGUAGUGGUAGCGCCGAGGUGAACAAGGGCGGGAUCGGGGUCGACGGUAGCAAAGACGACGCUUCUAACGGCCGCGAUGUUGAGGCAGAGCGGCUGGUGUCGAUGCUGCGAGGGAUAGACGGAGCACCGCCCCCGGCGACCGCAAAGACCGAGGGGCGGGAACAGGCGAAACGGCGUCCGAAAACGCCACCGCAACCGGCAGCAACAGCGGAGGCGGCAAAGGAGGAGGAGGAGGAGGAGGCCCGCGGCGGUGGAGCAGCAGCAGCAGCAGCAAGCCGGAGGAAAAAGCCGUCGUCUCAGAAGGAAGCGGGAUCACCACCAGCCCUGGGCAGCCUGCAGGCGUGCAACAGAGACUUGAGGCGGUACGCCAACCGCGGGGCCGGGGAGGCAGCGGCCGAGCUCAUCGGCCGGAUGCGGAAGGGCGGCGUGCAGCCGACGGCCAAGAGCUACACCUCCGCCAUAAACGCGUGCAAGAACGGCGGCCAGUGGGAACGUGCCCUGGUCCUGCUGAGGGAGGCGCCGGAGAGCGGCGUCUCGCUCAACGCGUUCCACUUCGUGGCGGCGAUCAAGGCCUGCGGGAGAGCUCACCAGUGGGAUCAGGUGGCCGCUCUGGUUUCGGAGAUGAGCAGCCGGGAAAUCUCCCCCAACAUUGAGUUCUACAACUGGGCGAUCAAGGCGGCGGCAUCGCCAAAGACGGGCAGCGAGGUUCGGGCGAGCAUGACCCGCGGGGGCGGGUGGAGGGCGGGGGAGCAGCAAGUCGAUGACGUCAACAGCAGCAGCGGCGGCGACGACGACGGCGUCAAUGGUUUGAAGCCGGCGGCGCCCUCCGCAGGAGAGGCGGCGGCAGCCCUGCUGCGAGAGAUGUCCGAGAAGGGCGUGGCCCCCGACUCGAUCACCUACACACUGGUCAUCACGGCCUGUCGGGAGGACGGUAAGCCGGAGAGAGCCCUGGCCGUGCUGCGAGAGAUGCAGAAGCUCGCCUCGGAGGCGGAAGCGGAGGCUGACGUCCAGCCGGUCGCGGAGACGGUGGAAGAGGAAGCCGGGGUGGGGGAAGAAGGGGGAGACCGGGAGGUAGGGAAGGGGAGCAACCACGCCGGUGCGAACGACAGCGGAGCUCCCGGUUCUCCCGCCGUUCCCUCGCCUCCUGCUCUUCCCCGUCGGCGGCGGCGGCGGCGGGAGGGGGGCGCUGGUGCUGUUGGUGUUGUAGUCCCCAACGUUAUCCACUACUCUUCCGUGAUGUCGGCCUUCGCGGACCACCCGGGGGGCUGGAAGUACGUCCUGCGGCUCAUGAAGGAAAUGGAGGUCGCAGGGAUUAACCCCAACGCGUACACUUACAACUCCGCCAUCCGAGCCUGCGGGAAGGAGGGGCGGUGGGCGGAGGCGGUGGCCGUGUUCAGGCGGAUGGCCAAGAGAGGAGUUGCCCCUGACGAGGUAAGCUUCUUGGCGGCGAUCGAAGCUUGCGCGACGAUGAUGAUGAAGCCGACCGUGGCGGCUUACACGGCGGCGGUGACGGCGUGCGCCAACGCCGGGCAGUGGGAGGUAGCAAUCGGGCUUCUUAGAGAAGUCACGAACGGCCACGCGGUCGCCGCUACCGCCGCUGCCGGGGGCGGUAGUGGGGACGCGGCGGCUACGCUUGUCGGUGCAGAGCCUUCUUCCGGUGUUGAUGGUGAUGAUGAUGGUGCCGUUACCGUGGAAGUGGUUGAUGCCCGUUCGACCGCCGCCGCCGCUGACCAAGAGGCGGGGGACGGCGGCGGCGGGGACAAGAAACGAAAGGCAUCAUCGUCAACCUCGGCGCACAAGCCACUCGUGGCCGACGUGCUCCUUUACAACGCCGCCAUGGCGGCGUGCGGGCAGGCCGGGCAGUGGCGGCAAGCCGUCCGGCUCUUGUCGGAGAUCUCGGAGAUGGGCCUGUGCCCCUCGGUGGUGAGCUACAACAUCGCCAUCGCCUGCUGCGGAGCGGCGGACGAGUGGCAGAAGGCGGUCUCCCUGCUGGAAGAGAUGCGCACGGUGGGUCUGACGCCGGUGUCGAGCACGUACCUGCCCGCGAUAGACGCGUGCUACCGGGCCGGCCAGGGUAAGGUCGGGUACGCACUGACGAAGCAGAGGGACGCGGCGCAACGGAGCAUGAGGCGGCACCCGGACUUCGCGUCGACGAGGAGGAGCCAGCAGCGCAAGUUGUUGCAGCCGUACGAGAAAGGUAAUCUGUAGCAUCGUUUUCUUCUCGGCACUGCGAGCGGGAAUCCCGACGUGGUGUGGUAGCACUGGAGGUCGCCUUUGUGGAGCGGGGUUGCGUGCGAUGGAUGGCAGAGGCCGUGUGAAGUUGUUGGUUGGCUUGUUCCGAGCUCUCGGUCUACCUUCCAGGCACGUGGGCGGGGGUACGGCGCGUGGGGUCUUCGGUGUGCCGGGUAUGGAUUAGUAGUUCGGGCGUGCGGGGUACGACAGAGGGAAGGAGCGAGAUUUAGGCGAGGGAGAAAAGAAGGGAGAAAAGAAGGGAGAAAAAGGUUAGCUUUAACAGCACUUCUUCUCGGCAGUAAAGAGGUAGAUACCGGGAGAGCAUAUUUUGUGUUCCUCGGGAGUGUGUGCGUGUGUUUCACAUUUUGUACAUGCACAGCGAGAGUUGUUCAGAAAAUGACCCAUAUGCAAGCCCUUCCUAAGAACAUGGCCUACAAGAUGUUUCGUCGACCCACACUACGAGUUUGGUUCUGUUCAUGUUUUUUCCGUGCCGUGCCGGCGCUGGGUAGUUGUUCUGGGUAAGUUAGGUGCCGGAUCAACAAACGACUGAUGCGUGCCAGCCAGCGACAGGAGGAGGCCAGAUGGAAUACACCUGGUUUGAAUACCAUGACCGUUAUCAAUUCUGAGCCCUGGCUGCGCGCACAACGUGUGGGAGUACGCGUGGCCGCCGGACACCAGAUUGAAUUAAGCUCGACGAUGUAAUUGGAUCCUGCAAGAACUUACGGUUGGAAGCGAAACUACCUGCCGACCAAGCCUUGCCGGCCGUGUUCUUCGUACAGUAGGGUUCUCUGUUUCGAGCCGGGGUGUGCGCCGAAAUUUCACCGGCACUAAACCGGACACCCGGUACUAUUCACAGUACGGAACGACUUGGUAUUCCAAUGUGUGCGAGCCGAAAACACCCGCACUAUACAGGGACGGACCUCUACUGUAGCGUGUUCUGGCAGGUAUCCGUUUCUUGCGGACAUGGGGUAUGUUGGAACAAUGAAUCCCCAUUGGGUAUGCCGAUUUUCUGAAAUGGACCGGCAUCUCGGAGCGUGCUUGGGUGCACAAGCGCGAAACGUCCAGUGACACUGGUGAUGCCUAUACUAGGCAUCAACCCGGCAACCAGUACGUACGCGACGCAUACCUUCGCAGCUACAAUCCGAGGCGCACAAGGCCUUCCGUUCAGAAAGCUGCGCUCUCCCGUGGCGUGUGCAAGUGUACACGAGCCUGCCCUUCCUGCGAACGAGGAAUAACUCUGCGACGCAUCCUUCGCGCUUUUCCCUUUUCCUCUCUGCCUCCAGGCCGAAGAAACCGACAACAAAAGAAACGACUGCUGGAUUGUACCCUAAAAAUUGCAACAGUCCCAUGUGGCUGUGUCUAGCUCACUACAUGCCUUGUUCAAAAUUGACCAAUAAAACAUCCACCAUCUGCGAGAAUUCCGUCUUUCGACACAUACCCCCCCUCCUCUCACGGAGCCCCUCCGCUCCCACGACAGAAACCCAGCCCCGAAGGGAAUGCGUGUCUGCCGGUCUGACGAGAAUGGGAUAAUGUACAGCAGACUAGGCCUAGCAUUAGACAACGAAGCGGCGCAAAGGGCAGAUACCCAACGCGGAAAAGACCGCCCCCUGCGUAAUAAUUUCACAAAGGCUUGCUUCCUCGAAAGCACCAACACAAAGUUCGCUAGCACGACAAAAUUUCCCAUGCCCUGAGAGCGCCGGGUGGGGUGAUGACGGACCGCGUUAAAAGUCGGCACCCCUCACAAAAACGGGACGCCUGCUCCCGAAGAGACCGCUUUCAUAAGCGAGGGUGGGAGAACGCAAGUGUUGGAGCAAGAGGUGUGUGCGUGUACACAACUCGCCGAACGCAUCUAGCAUAACCAACCUCUCACACGUGACGCGUAAAGUGCUGUCUACUCGAGAGCGGAUUAUUUUUCGAUCGGAAGCCAGCCUCGUCAUUUCCCUGACGCCGGCGUACUCCACAUAACAAGCAACGUUCGCAUCCCCCCCCCCCCCCCCCCCCC